UUACCUAUUAGUAGAAAUACUGUUAAAGAACGAAUUUUAUGUAUGAGUGGCGAUAUAUCAAAUAAGCUUCAAACUGAUUUAGCUUCAGCAGACUUUUUUUCAAUUGUCUUGAUGAAAGUACUGAUGUAGCUUCCCAAGCUCGUGUAGCAGUUUUUGUUCGAUUUAUUAAUGUUAAUAUUAUGAAAGAAGAAUUAAUAAAAUUAAUAACAAUUUCUACUAAAACAACUGGUCGUGAUAUUAUGGAUGAAGUACAUAAAGAGUUUAUAAAUUUAAAAAUCAAUAUUCAAAAUAUUGUUUCAAUAACUACUGACGGCGCUCCAAAUAUGGUUGGUAAAAACAAUGGAUUUAUUAAACUUUUUUCCAAUGAAAUUUUGCAUCCUUUAAUCAACUUUCACUGUAUUAUACAUCAAGAAGAUUUGUGUGCAAAAGAUAGUAUGAAAUCGCUUCAAAAAGUAAUGGAAACUGUUACAAAAAUUGUCAAUUUCAUAACAUCUCCAGCUUUAAACAAUCGACAGUUUGCCAAAUUAUUAGAAGAGGUGGAAUCGCAAUACUCUGGCCUUCUUAUGUAUAAUAGUGUUCGAUGGUUGAGUCGCGGGCAAGUUCUUCAUCGAUUUGUUGAAUUACUGGCAGAAGUACGUUUAUUUUUGUCGGACAAAUCUCAAGAUUAUCCAGAGCUUACUGAUUUAAAUUGGUUGAAUGAUUUGAUGUUUUUCACAGAUUUUACUGCAAUUUAUAAUGAUUUAAAUAAAAAACUCCAAGGCCGAGGUCAAACAAUUUUAACUAUGUUUGAUAAUAUUAAAAUUUUUGAAAAAAAAAUUGAAGUUUUUUGUAAAGAUCUACAAAAUGAAAACUUGAAAUAUUUUCCUUAUUUGAAAAAGCAAUUAAUAGAUUCAAAACAUUUUAAAGAUGAUCAGUUUGAUAUGAAAUUAAUAAUAACAAAAUAUGUAAAAAUAUUAAAAAAUGCAUACGAAUUAUUUUCAAGCAGAUUUUCCCAAUUUCGUCAUCUAGAUUCAACAUUACAGUUUUUAUUAAAUCCACAUAAUAUUAAAUUUGAAGAACUUGAACUUAGUUUUUUUGAGUGGUUAAAUAUUGAAAAUUUAGAAAUGGAGUUAAUAGAAUUUCAGGGAAGUAAUAUUUGGAGAAAUAAAUUUAUUAAUUUGAAUAAUGAGCUAGAAAAUAAUCAUCAUGAAAUUGGUAGGAAUUUUAAAUCGGAAAAUUUGAUUCUUAAUGAGUGGAAAAGUCUUCCAAAUUCAUUUGCAUCUAUGAAAAAACUAGCUCUUUCUUUAUUGACAAUGUUUGGAUCAACUUAUGCGUGUGAGCAGCUUUUUUCUUCAAUGAAUUUUAUUAAAUCAACUGUAAGGAAUCGUCUUGGAAAAGAUUUAAGUGAAGCAUGUGUUCAUUUAAAAUCGACCAAGUACAGUCCAAGAAUUGAUUCAUUAGCCAAUAAAAUGCAGCAAAAAAUUUCUCAUUAAAAAUUCAUGUAUAAAAAUUUUAUAUUUUAACAUUUCAAUAUUUUUUAAUUUUUUUACAUACUGACGUGAUACAUAUACUUUUUGUAUCUAAUAUAAUUAAACUGUUUGAUAAUGUAAUUGACAUGUUUUUUAUCAUAAAAACCAUGGAUAUAGGAAUUUUUAAGUAUGAAAAAGGGUUAUAAAACUAGUUGACACGCAGGGAAAACAAAAUUCAACCAACAUUUUUUUUUGACACGCUAGUACAAAAAGGUUCUGUAUAUGUUUCUGGAAUAUGCGAUAACGCUUGGCGUUUGGAGAGUACAAACAUACAUACAUACAGAUAAUGAACAUAAAAGAGUUUACGAGAUUCUACAUUUUAUGUAUCAAUAUGAUAAAGCGGGUGAUAGUAUAAAAAAACCUGAUGAUGAACAAGAAAUAAUAAAACUGGAGAGAAAUGAGUUAAAUAAAGUGUUCAUUUUUUUUUUUUUUGAAAAUGACUUUGACAUCAAUGGUAUUAUAGAGUAUUGGGAAUACCGAUCGUUGAUUCUUUCGUUUGGCAAUAAUGAUAUUUUUAAAGAUAUAGUAGAUUUGUCAGAGCUUUCAUGAUUCUAAAUUUUGUGGUUCAAGUUAACAAGAAGGUCGAUAAAAUUGAAUUUGAAAAUAUGGAUAAAAAUAUGGUUAAUAAAAUCUCAAAUGAGUUCUAUAAAUUUGAUACAGACAACGAUGGCAUUCAAUAUGAACCUAUGAUUAAUUGAAUUGACAACUAUAUUGAAAGCAUAAUUAUAAAUUUAUUUUAAAAUAUUCAUAAUUUUUUACAUAUGAGAUACAUUGCCUAAGAUUUUUUUCUCUCUUACGUAAAAAUAAUAGACAGAAACUUAAUGAUAGAAAGUUAGAUCAACUAUUCUGGUCUACCAAUUUAUUCCACUUUUCUCUA